CGUUCACUUGUUUUGUCGCGUGGUUUGCCCAGAAACUCGAGUGAACUUUUCAGAGAUACCCUCAGUUCCGUUAAGCGCUUGUGUUCAUCGAGAAGCACAGUGCACCCAGAAAAUCGGUCCACUACUAGCAUGCACACCUAAGUUUCCGUUUGCACUUUGGAGUUGAAAGAGUUUAGUGGCCAAACUUUGAACCAUAUAUUCUGCUACAGAACCAAAGGUCGGUCUCUGACCUGCUCUGACAAGCAAGACGACCUAGUCACCUAGACGGGUUAGGCCUGUUGUUUCUGUCAAGGUAAACUUCGCAUCCUCUAGUUUCACGUAAACCAAAAUAACACUCUAGAGAAAAGGCUAAAAGUGAAGAAAGAUUGCUUUCCAACGAUGUUCUUUGAAACAUUAUUUGUUGGUGGAGUUACAGGAUCCGAUGAAAGAAGCCGGUUUUACUCCCCAUUUUUUCUAACUCAAGUGGGUUUACUGGUAUGCAUCCAGAUGGCGCUGUCUCUCGGAUCUCCUGCAGAUGUUAUUCAACAAACAUUUGCUAUUCAGCCUGCAGAUCGAACAGCUAUUAUAGGCGAUACAAUUGUUCUACCAUGUCGAGUGCUAUAUAAGAAGGGGGCUUUACAGUGGACGAGAGAUGGAUUUGGACUUGGUUCUGAAAGGUCACUAGCAGGAUUUCCUCGAUACACUAUGGUCGGCAGCGACGAGGAAGGGGAUUUUUCACUACAAAUUACUAAUGUAAGCCUCGAAGACGAUGCUGUGUUUCAAUGUCAAGUAGGAGCCUCUGACAAGGUUAAGGGAAUUCGGUCUCGAAGCGCGGUCUUCACCGUAUAUGUUCCCCCAGAACCCCCUCGGAUAAUUCAACGAGAUUAUUUGGAAACUACCGCUGGUAUGUCAGUGGAACUGACAUGUGAGUCUAACGGAGGGAAACCCACUGCUGAGUUGGCCUGGCUGGAUGGAGAAGGUAACGUGGUCGCUCAGGGUAUAGAAUUUACCACACAACAGUUAGGCGAUAAUAAGAGAGCCAACGCUGCCCUUACGUGGACAUUUAAACCAAGCCGAGAGCAUGAUGGGAAGACGUUUUCAUGUCGGUCUGAAAAUCCUGCUUUAAAACAACCUAUUGUGACAUCAAUAAAACUUGCAGUAAAAUAUCCCCCCGAAGUUACCCUAACUGCCAACAGUAAGAAAAUCACGGAAUUCGACGAUGUGCAGUUCACUUGUGACGCAGUGGCAAAUCCGGCAGAUAUAAUGUAUAAGUGGUACAGGAAUGACGAAUUAGUUCAGGAAGACAAUGUCACUACCUUCAACAUACGUAAAGUGACAAGGCAAGACAACGGACAGACAGUUAGUUGUGAAGUGAGCAACAAAAUAGGAACAACAAAAUCUACUUAUGUGUUGAAUAUUUAUUAUGGUCCUGUAAUUAAGUCACCUUUAAAAAACAUAGCAGCAGAUCCAAACAAAGAGGUGCGAUUGUCGUGCGCUGUUGAUGGCAAUCCUUCUCCUAAAAUAACCUGGAUUUCUGAGGAUUCCAAGAUCGUAGGAAGAGACAAGGAUUUAAUAAUUCCAAGAAUUACACCAGACAAAACUGGGAAAUAUACUUGUAAGGCUUCAGUACCAGGGUUUCCAGAGAUCUCUGCAGAUUUGUUGGUCUUCAUUAAAGGUCCACCUAUAGUGAAAAGCUCUACUAUUCAGUAUGGUACGGAGGGGCAGGAAGUAAAAGUCGAGUGUUUAAUUACAUCAGUACCAGAACCCUCUCGGGUAGUAUGGAUUAAGCAAUCCCAGGUAGUUGAUAUUGACAAUUCAGAGGGCUACGAGAUCGUGACGGAGCCCCUACUGGACGGUCUCAGAAACCUGCUCAUCAUUCACAAAGCCGAAGAAAAUGAUUUUGGAGAUUACAACUGCUCCGCAUGGAAUUCUUUAGGCCAUGACAGCAUGCUUAUAUCAGUCAGAAGGCAAACAUGUGAUGACGUUGAUGGGAGCAUGUCUACCGUACUAUGUUCUGUGACGGAAAAUAUUCCCAUCUUGAUCAUCUUGGCUGGUGUGAUAGGAGGAAUCGUCAUCAUUGUUUCUUUUACUAUAAUGAUCAUUUUCUGUCUUCGAAGAAAGCCUUCACCGAAAGGUAAUGAUUUUGUUUCAGAAAAUAAAGCGAAGCAAUCUGAUUCGGCGUCAUCUGGCGACUCGGAUCUGAAACUGGAAAUACGGACAGCUUCAUCUUUAUCUAAUAAUGACCAGGAAGAGCUUACUGACACGAUGCGUGUACAGAAGCCACCCGAUAUUUAUAAAUACGACAUGGAAUAUACGGAGGCAAGACUUCCUCCAAAACUGGAAACCCAGAAAAACAAUGGUUACGUUCCUUAUGUUAACUACUCCAGAGACUACAAUCCAUCUGCAGCUCACUUAAACUCUAGUCGAGAUAGUACACUUUAUGACAACUCUCCACAGUUUUAUAACGAUCUGGGCCAGCCAGUGGGCCCCACCUUCCGUGCAACCUAUGCUAGCCCUUACUUGAGAACAUCACAGGCCAAUCUACCCCCUGAUCAUGUCCUCUACGAAAGUAGUAGGUGUAACAGUCUUACGUCUCAAGCACCUACUCUGUCUUCUAACCAAUACAUCACUAGCCAAAACUUUCCAAGCCAUCUGAAACCUGGAACUUUAGCGACGCAUGUUUGACAGUGGGAAGAAAGUGUGUUGUGACAUACCAGUAUGCUAUUUUUGCUCAGAGGUCAGUCUGUUCACUCCAGAAGCUCAGGUGACCCGUUUAAUUCUUACUUGUCAUUACAGCAGGCUUCCUAAGUUGUCAUCUCUCACCGGUCAAUCUGUGGAGUCAGCAGAUAAUUGGUGGUCAUGAUGCUCCAAUGAAAUGUAAGACAGGUAGUUUUAGGUAGUUGUUCAGAUAUUGGGAGUACGACUAGCUCUGGUAACACAACCCAAAGUGUUUAUUUGAAGACUGACAAUCGUCGAAGCCAAAUCUGUGAUAAGGAAACUUUGAAGACAUAGAAAACAAUGAACUUUGGAAAACUACUGGAAAACAAGUGAACUCAUGGCGCCAGUGAUGUUAUUUUUUCCCUAUCUAUGCAAUGACGUUUGUCUGUAAAAUGUACAGCUAUGAUGAUCUCUAUCCUGACGUUCCCCAUCAUCUUGUGAUCAGCUGCCUUUAUCUCGUGGUGCUGUAGCUUGUGACUUCAGAUCCUGUAAUUGUGCCAUGAACUAUAAUCUUGCGGUAGAAAAAAAAAGUCAUACCAUCUUUCGUUAGUGUUAUUAUGUCCCAUUUGGUCAGGAACAUCAAUCAGUUAUUGUUCAUCCUGGCAUCUAAUCUUCCAGUGUCUUUUCCACAGUGUCACAACGUUUAAUGAAAAGUGUAGCUAAUUAGUUGUUUCUUGUAACCGUUUAGUUUAUUACCUGGCAGUAUUUUGAACACGUGGUACUCAAAAUCGGCAUUUACAUCAUCAGUGCCUCCUAGUCGAUGUCAGUGAAUGUAGUAAUACUCUCGUAAAAUCUGUAUAACAUCACUUGAUGUCAUUUGUUAACACGAAGUAUUGAGUAUUUAUUUCUAAGUAAGAAAUAGCUUAAAUUUAAUGUUUAAAUAUCAAAUGCGAAAUAUAAUUCAAAUAUUAUUGUAUAUAACGUAUAGGAUUUGGUCGACUUCAAAGUUGCUUUGUUGCCAUGAGUAUUUAUGAGGUAUGCUGCUUUAUGAACAUGAAGUUGAUAUAUAUUUUUAAUGUGAAUGUUUAUCGUGAAUAAAACAGUU